AGAACGACGAGGGGUUUGCGGUAAACAUUGUUUUUGACGACCUCUACAGUAACACAACCAAUAAAAAGAUGAUGGUCAUUGGAGGACUACGGAACGAGAUCACCGAAGCCGUCUCAAAGCCCCUCGUUUUCUGGGGCGUGGUCCAGAUCACCUACGGAUCUCAUGCUCCAUCGCUGUCUUCGGGUAACCCGCUUUUGUUCCGAACCAUUCCGUCAACAAAUAGUUACAACGAUCCGCGGAUUAAAAUGUGUAUGAAGUGGGAAUGGAAGAAUGUCGGCAUCCUGGGAGUAAACAGUCUUGAUAAUAUCGCCGUGGUGAACGAUUUGAUUACCAAACUAGACGAAAGCAAUAUCCAUGUCAUGGUCAAAGAGGCAUUCAACGUCGACAAAGACAUGGAGACGAUGUCGCAAAAUAUCGCCCAAUCUCUCAAGUAUCUGAAGGACAAGGAUGUGCGCGUCAUCAUCGGAAAUUUUUAUCAGAAAGAGGCCAUUCAAGUUUUUUGUGAGGCUUAUAAAGCUAAAUUAUACGGCUUAAAUUACGUCUGGCUUAUAUGGGGACACUAUGAACACGAGUGGUGGAAAAUGGAUGACGAAACAACGGACUGCACCAUGGAAGAAAUCUCAGCAGCAGUGGAGGGGUACAUCGCCGUUACUUUCGAUGUCUUAGGGGACAGCAACAACGAAACUAUCUCAAAAAUGACGGCAUCCGAAUACAGUGAGGUCAUGUUACGUCAGACAGGCGUGGACUUCACGCGGGAGACCAAACCUGGACCUUUCGCCUACGACGCCGUCUGGGCCUCGGCCCUCGCAAUGAACGCAUCCCUAGAUGAUAUGCCGUACUCCCUCGGACAAUUCAGCUAUGGAGAAAUCGGCCGUAACAUGUCAAAAGUCUUUUCUAACAAACUUUGGGAAAUGCAAUUUUUGGGUCUUUCGGGACCGGUCGUCUUCAGCGAGAAUGGGGACAGAAUAGGCGUCCUACGAAUCAACAGGAACAUAAACGGAACAGUGCGCGAUAUUGGCCGAUACUACAAAAGUGAUGAUCAUAUCGAAUGGUACAUGCCCAUGGAGAGUAUAUGGGUUGAGAGUAGGCCGAAGGAAGAAGAAAUGGGAAAGGUAGUUUGA